CAGUAUCGUUCGUUAGGUCUGCAGGUUGCCGGGCCACUCCCUAAAUACAAACAGAGGGAGAGAGCAAGUAGCGCCAUUUUGCAUCCCUGUAGGGAGGAGGGGGAUGCAAAAUGGCUGUUUCUGGCACACAGCGGUCGUCAGGUCGUCAUACCUUCUAACUGCUCAAUGUCCUGCACGGACCGAAGGCAACAUGAUGUGGAAGCGGUGCUGUAGCCCAGUGGCUCCCAAAUGGUGUGCAGUGAGAGCCUCCCUUCAGCUCAGUGUGCAGGAAGACGACACUGCCCCCGAGCAGGAUCACAGUGAGAAGAGGUCUGACGUGUGUGAUGAUGACCAGGAGCACCUGCACAUUAAAGAGGAAGAGGAGGAGGAGCUGUGGACCUCUCAGACAGGUGAACAGCAGGAGGAGGCUGAUACUAAAGACUCUAUGUUCAAUAUCAUUUAUGUGCAAAGGAGAGAUGAAGAUGGAAGUCAGCUCCAUCAUCCAAACCGAGAGGGGGAAAGUUUGCCCGGCUGCUCAUCUGAAGACUUGAAAUCAGAGCCUCAUGAAGAAGAUGCAUCGGAGCCGACCAGCGACUGUCAGAUGAGUGAAGGCAGUGAUGACGAAUGGAGAGACGGCGGAGGAUUUCAGAAACCACAGCAAGCCGGUGAGACAGCGGACAGGCCGUACACCUGCAGCGUUUGCAACAAGAACUUCAGGAUUAAAUCCAUCCUGACUCGCCACAUGAAGACGCACACGGGAGAGAAACCUUACAGCUGCAGCGUCUGUGGAAAGAGCUUCAUCCAGCGCUCCUAUCUGCAGACUCACAUGAAUUCUCACUCCGGGCAGAAGCCGUACACAUGUAGCUUCUGUGGCAGGGGGUUCACGCAGGUUGGAAACAUGAACGCGCACAUUCGAAUCCACACGGGAGAGAAACCUCACAGCUGUGGCGACUGUGGUAAAAGCUUUAGAGAGAAAGCAGAUCUCAUCAAGCACACAAUCAUUCACACUGGCGAGAAGCCCUACGUCUGCUCUGUAUGUAGUAUGAAAUUCAGCGCUCAGUCUAAUCUGACGCGCCACAUGAAGACUCAUUCAGGGGAGAGGCCGUACAGCUGCUCUGCUUGCGGGAAAAGAUUCAUUCGGCGCUCCCAUUUAAUCAUUCAUUCAAAGACUCACGCAGGAGAGAAUCUCAAGACCUGAGACAAAAUUAUAUUGCAUCGAGGAUUUUAUUUGAUCAUUUCUGAGAUGAAGUGAACAAUGACUGUCAUCAGAGGAAUGAAGUGUGUAAACUUUUUCCCACUUUAGAAAUUAACCAAACAUUGUACAACUUUUUUCUCUAUAUGUUUUUGCUAUAUGGUUUAGUACUGUAGAUUUAAGUGCUCAACAAUUUGUAACACUGUGAUUUUCUUUGUGUAGAGUGCAGUUGUCAAAUGUGAUUUCUGUCUAACUUUUUAAACAAGGUCCUGUAAAGAAAUUAAAUGAGGAUGCAUUUUUACCAUUUA